GUAUCUAGUGGAUAGUCGCUGGUUCAAACAGUGGAAAAAAUAUGUUGGUUUUGACAGCUGGGACAAAUACCAGAUGGGAGAUCAGAAUGUGUACCCUGGUCCUAUUGAUAAUUCUGGACUUCUCAAAGAUGGUGAUUCCCAGUCUCUCAAGGAACAUCUCAUUGAUGAGUUGGACUACAUCCUUUUGCCAACUGAAGGCUGGAAUAGGCUAGUUAGCUGGUACACACUGAUGGAAGGUCAAGAGCCAAUAGCACGCAAGGUCGUUGAACAGGGUAUGUUUGUAAAGCACUGCAAAGUAGAAGUGUAUCUAACAGAAUUAAAGCUUUGUGAAAAUGGAAAUAUGAACAAUGUUGUCACACGAAGAUUCAGUAAAGCUGAUACAAUAGAUACAAUUGAAAAGGAGAUAAGAAAAAUCUUCAAUAUUCCGGGUGAAAAAGAGACCAGAUUGUGGAACAAAUAUAUGAGUAAUACUUUUGAACCUUUGAAUAAACCAGACAGUACCAUACAGGAUGCUGGUUUAUACCAAGGACAGGUCCUGGUGAUAGAACAGAAGAAUGAGGAUGGAACAUGGCCAAGAGGUCCUUCAACUCCGAAGUCCCCAGGUGCAUCCAAUUUUUCAACUUUACCAAAGAUCUCUCCAUCUCUAUCAAGUAAUUAUAACAACAUGAACAACAGAAAUGUGAAAAAUUCAAACUGUAGUCUCCCAUCAUAUACUGCUUAUAAGGAUUAUGAUUAUUCAGAGCCUGGAAGACACAAUGAGCAGCCAGGCCUGUGUGGCCUGAGUAACUUGGGGAAUACAUGUUUCAUGAAUUCAGCAAUUCAGUGUCUGAGCAACACACCUCCUCUGACAGAGUACUUCCUCAAUGAUAAAUACCAAGAAGAGCUGAAUUUUGACAAUCCUUUAGGAAUGCGAGGUGAAAUAGCAAAAUCUUAUGCCGAGCUUAUCAAGCAGAUGUGGUCAGGAAAAUACAGCUAUGUUACCCCAAGAGCAUUUAAGACACAAGUGGGACGCUUUGCACCACAGUUUUCUGGUUAUCAGCAACAAGAUUGUCAAGAGCUCCUGGCUUUUCUCUUGGAUGGAUUACAUGAGGAUUUGAAUAGAAUUAGGAAAAAACCUUACAUUCAGUUAAAGGAUGCAGAUGGGAGACCAGACAAGGUGGUUGCUGAAGAAGCCUGGGAAAACCAUUUGAAGAGAAAUGAUUCCAUCAUUGUAGAUAUAUUUCAUGGCCUUUUUAAAUCUACCCUGGUUUGUCCUGAAUGUGCUAAGAUAUCUGUCACCUUUGAUCCCUUUUGUUACUUGACACUUCCAUUACCUAUGAAAAAAGAGCGCACUUUGGAAGUUUAUUUAGUUAGAAUGGAUCCACUUGCAAAGCCUAUGCAGUACAAAGUAGUUGUUCCCAAAAUUGGAAAUAUAUUGGAUCUUUGCACAGCAUUGUCAGCUUUGUCUGGUGUUGCUGCAGAUAAGAUGAUUGUUACUGACAUAUACAAUCACAGGUUCCACAGGAUAUUUGGCAUGGAUGAAAAUCUAAGUAGUAUUAUGGAACGUGAUGACAUUUAUGUAUUUGAAAUUGCUAUCAAUAGAACAGAAGAUACAGAACAAGUUAUAAUUCCUGUUUGCUUAAGGGAAAAGUGCAGGCACACUAGCUACAGCCAUAGUGGUUCUUUGCUGUUUGGUCAACCUUUUCUCAUAGCAGUGCCUAGAAACAACACUGAAGAUAAACUGUAUAACCUGCUGCUGCUAAGAAUGUGCCGAUAUGUAAAAACAUGUACUGAAAGUGAAGACUCUGAAGGAUCCCUGCAUUGCUGUAAGGACCAUGGCAUCAAUGGUAAUGGCCCAAAUGGAAUACAUGAAGAAGGAUCUCCAAGUGAAAUGGAAACAGAUGAACAAGAUGAUGAAUCCAGCCAGGAUCAGGAACUUCCUUCAGAGAAUGAAAACAGCCAGUCAGAAGACUCAGUUGGAGGUGACAAUGACUCUGAAAAUGGAUUAUGUACUGAGGAUACUUGCAAAGGUCAACCACUCACGGGACACAAAAAGCGAUUGUUUACAUUCCAGUUCAAUAAUUUAGGCAAUACUGACAUAAACUACAUCAAAGAUGAUACCAGGCAUAUUAGAUUUGAUGAUAGGCAACCAAGGCUUGACGAAAGAUCUUUCCUUGCUUUGGAUUGGGAUCCUGAGUCGAAGAAGAGAUAUUUUGAUGAUAGUGCAGCAGAGGAUUUUGAAAAACAUGAAAGUGUGGAAUAUAAGCCUCCCAAAAAGCCUUUUGUGAAAUUAAAAGAUUGCAUUGAGUUGUUCACAACAAAGGAAAAACUAGGUGCUGAAGAUCCGUGGUAUUGCCCAAACUGUAAAGAACAUCAGCAAGCUACCAAGAAGUUGGAUUUGUGGUCACUGCCCCCUGUACUGGUAGUUCACCUAAAGCGCUUUUCCUACAGCAGAUACAUGAGGGACAAGUUGGAUACAUUGGUGGACUUUCCAAUAAAUGACUUGGACAUGUCAGAGUUCCUUAUUAAUCCCAAUGCAGGGCCCUGCCGCUACAACUUGAUUGCUGUCUCCAACCACUACGGAGGAAUGGGAGGAGGGCACUACACUGCUUUUGCAAAAAAUAAGGAUGAUGGAAAAUGGUACUACUUUGAUGACAGUAGUGUGUCCACUGCGUGUGAGGACCAAAUAGUGUCCAAAGCAGCAUAUGUACUCUUCUACCAGAGACAGGACACAAUCAGUGGAACUGGCUUUUUCCCACUUGACCGGGAAACUAAACAAGGUGCUUCAGCUGCCACAGGCAUCCCAGUAGAAAGCGAUGAAGACAGCAAUGAAAAUGAUAAUGAUAUAGAAAAUGAAAAUUGUAUGCACACUAACUGAAGGAAGAACUAGAAGCCAUAAAAGAGACUCUUCCUGGGGAUACA